AUGUUUACCUAUCUCAUACACGGCUUGUGCGAAGGGUGGACGUUUUCGAAACCGGAGAUGCGGAUUUUAAUCGUAGGUUUAGACUCGUCCGGGAAAACCUCCAUGUUGGAGAAAAUGAAGGAAAUGUUUAGCGAUUUGCAACCGAUUCCAAAAGAACACAUCAAACCAACCGUCGGUUUAAACGUCGCGAAAAUAGAAGACUUUCUGGGCGUCCAGUGGACGUUUUGGGAUUUAGGAGGCUUGGAAAGAUUGAGACCGAUUUGGUUGAAGUAUUAUCGAGAAUCGCACGGGAUUUUUUUCCUCGUCGACUCCACGGACGAGACGAGAAUAGACGACGCGAGAGUGGUGUGCAAUCGAAUGUUGGCGAACACAGAUUUGCAAAACGCGCCGGUGUUGAUUGUGGCGAAUAAAAUAGACGAGAGCGGACCGGAAGGAUUGACGAUGGUGAAAACGGCGUUUGAACACAGCGCUUUGAAUAGUAAUAGCAACGAUACCACUAGUAAAGAUGGAAGAACAGACGGGACAACAACGACAUCGCUCGCGAAGAAUGGUAUCCUCGAUAAUACGAAGAAGAAGAAAAAGAAGAAAGAAGACGCUUCGGCGACGCCGAUUGCAAAGAGAGUGAUGGGUGCGAGCGCGUUUACCGGAGUAGGCAUAAAAGAAGCCGUAGACGACAACGAGAAUUAG